GAGACGCAUCCCAUCCCACCUCUCAAACCAAAUGAUGUGUUAAUCCGCAUAUCCAAGGUGGGGCUGUGUGGGUCAGACAUCUCCUUGGUAUACAAAGGGCGUGUGGGGGACUCUGUGAGGAAACCGCCCUUAGGAAUCGGUCAUGAAUGUUCUGGGGUGGUCACCAAAUGUGGCCCCGCCGUCAAGAACUUGAAACCAGGUGACCGGGUUACCAUAGAAACAGGUGGUCCUUGUCGUACCUGUGACUUAUGUAUUGGUGGCAGGUACAACUUGUGUGACCAGGCCAGCUUCCACUCACCUUUGGGGCGCUAUCCUGGCUGCCUCGCUCGGUACUACAUUCAUGAUGCUGACCUCUGCUUCAAACUUCCUGACAACGUGAGUGACGAGGAGGGCGCCAUCAUUGAACCUCUGGCUGUUGCUGUCCAUGCAUGUCGCAGGGCUAGUGUUGAGCUGGGUUCAUCUGUACUCAUAUGUGGUGCUGGUCCCAUUGGUCUCCUCUGCCUCUUGACUGCUAAGGCUAUGGGCGCCACCAACAUCCUAGUUACUGAUAUCAAAGAGAAUCGUCUUAAGACUGCUAAGAAUAUCGGUGCUCAUCACACACUGCUGGUGGAUGACAGUGACCCCAAGAUUCUAGCUAAGAAGAUCAAAGAUGUAAUGGGUUGCAUGCCACCCAUAACACUGGAGUGCAGUGGCACACAGUCUGCUAUUACCACCGGUAUCUAUGCGACCAGGUCUAGUGGAGUGAUAAUGUUAGUAGGUGUUGGAUCACCUCAAGUAACAUUGCCACUUGUUCACGCUGGCAUGAGGGAAAUAGACAUCAGAGGUGUAUAUCGUUACAUCCAAUGCUACCCAGCUGCCAUUGCCAUGAUUGCCAAUGGACUGAUUGAUGUCAAGCCUCUCAUUACUCAUCGCUUCAAGUUUGAAGAGUUCCAGAAAGCCUUUGAUAUGUUCCAUACUGGUGAAGACGGAGCCAUCAAGUGCAUGAUCUCCUGUGACUAACUUCACAAUAACAACUUCUGAAUGAAUCCUUUGGAAAUUUAUAUAAAACUUGAAUGUUAUUUUAUAAUCAACAGGCAGCAGUAGAGAGAGUAGAAAUUUAGUAUGUAAUUCUUAUUGAGUGAUCUUGACUUCUAAAUUAAGUGAAGAAACAUCAAGAAAUGUUAUACCCACGGUUGUAAUGCGAAAAAACUAUUAAUACGCCGUUUAAAACAUUGUUAUAAUGUGUUAAAUAAGUAUGCAAAGGCAUCAUCUUCCAUAAACCAUUUCGUUGACAUUAAAACUUUCUUCAUUCUUAUAGCCUCCUAUAUCAAUCACUUCUUUCAACUCGUUGGGAAAUUUUUCAACAGUAUAAUUAUCAGCACUAGUAGUUUCACCUGCAAUUAGAACAUUACUAAGAUCCCUCCUUCCCCCCUCUAUACAUUUUCCAAUUAUUAUUAUAAUCAAAAAGAAGCGCUAAGCCACAAGGGCUAUACAGCGCUGCAGGGUAGGGAAGGAAGCGAGGGUAUUGGAUGGCAGAAAGGAGGAGGGAUGAUCAGUAGGUUACAGAAAACAGCGGGGCAGGGGAUAGUACGGGGGUAGAAGGUAGCAAGAGAUUGAAGUAAAAAGGGCUGAAGGUAUCAGAAUUUGUGAAGUAAGUCAGUUGUUGUCAAAAAGUCAAUGAGAGAGUCUGGAUGAAAGGUGGGUCCAUCAGCGAGAAGGGAAAGUAAAGAGAGAGCAGCGGAGCGAAGACGACGACGGAGGUAAAUUCUGCGUGCUCGUUGAUAAAGUGGACAGUCCAACAGAAUGUGGCUGACUGAUAAUGGAACUUGGCAAUUCUCACAGAGAGGAGCAGGGCGCCUCUCCAUGAGAUAUCCAUGAGUAAGACGAGUAUGGCCAAUGCGAAGACGGGAGGAGUAGUCUCCCAACCUCGACACUGGUGAUAAGAAGACGGCCAGUAACCUAUACUCGGUUUAAUAGAUUGAAGUUGUUGCCGAGCAUAGUAGACCAACGUUGUUGCCACG